AUGUCUAGCAAUUAUCAUAAUACUAAGAUUUUCUUCAUGUCUCAUUUUAUGAUAUUUUUUCUGUUUUUAUCAUUUUUUCAAUCGUCUGCUAAUGAUGAUAAUUCUCCUUCCAUCAUUUGCAAAAAUACCCCUUUUCCUAAUUUCUGCAAAUCAAUGCUACCAAUAAAUGACUAUGGUCGAUUUUCAGUUCACAAAUCUUUAUCUACCAUUUAUAAGUUCAUUUCAAUUGUUCAAAAAUACCUUAGACGAUCGAAAAAUCUAACGAUUCCCAUGAUUUGUGCCCUCGAAGAUUUAUUUUUAGCUGAUUUAAACAAAGAUUAUCUCUCAACAACAUUCAAGACUGUUAAUGAAACUUCUAAGAUUUUGCCAAUUUUGGAAGCAGAGGAUUUGCAAACUUUGUUAAGUGCCAUUUUGACAAAUACACAAACUUGUUUAGAUGGUCUCCAAGAAAUUAAUAGUACCUAUUUUGAUCCUUGGAGUUUGAGAAAUGACAUUUUAACCCCUCUUAUUAAUGACACAAAACUUCAUAGUAUUUCUUUAGCCUUGUUCACAAAAGGGUGGUUUCCUAAGGACAAAAAAGGAACAAAAAUUACUCAAAAGAAGUUAGUUUUCAGAAAUGGCCACUUGCCUUUGAAAAUGUCUGAAAGAAAUAGGGCUAUAUUUGAAACAAUUAGCAGGAGCAAGCUCCAGCAGCUUGCUGCUGACCAAGAACAUGAUGACCAUGUUAAGGUGAGUGAUGUUGUAAUUGUAAGCCAAGAUGGAAGUGUGAAUUUUAGUACCAUAAAUAAUGCUGUGGCUAUUGCUCCAAAUAAUACAGAUGGUUCCACAGGCUAUUUUCUCAUAUAUAUUACUGCUGGUGUGUAUGAGGAAUAUGUUUCAAUUGCCAAAAACAAGAAGUAUGUGAUGAUGAUUGGUGAUGGUAUCAACCAAACUAUUAUUACAGGCAACCAUAGCUACAAUGUUGAUGGAUAUACUACAUUUAAUUCUUCUACUUUUGCUGUGGUUGGUCAAGGAUUUGUUGCAGUUAACAUAACAUUCCAAAACACAGCAGGAGCAAUCAAUCACCAAGCAGUUGCAGUUAGAAAUGGUGCAGAUUUAUCCACAUUUUAUAGCUGCAGCUUCCAAGGGUACCAAGACACAUUAUAUGUACAUUCACUCAGACAAUUUUACAGAGAAUGUGACAUUUAUGGAACAGUCGAUUUCAUAUUUGGAAACGCUGCUGCAGUUUUCCAGAAUUCCAACAUAUACCCGAAACUCCCUUUACAAAAUCAGUUCAAUGCAAUCACAGCACAAGGCAGAACAGAUCCGAAUCAAAACACUGGAAUUUCAACUCAAAAUUGCAAUGUAAAACCAGCAGAUGACUUAAAAUUCAGCAACAGUAGCACGCAAACGUACCUUGGUAGGCCUUGGAAGGAGUACUCAAGGACUAUUUACGCACAAAGUUUCAUCGAUGGAUUUGUGAAUCCGUUAGGAUGGAGAGAAUGGCCAGGGGAUUUCGCACUCAAUACGAGUUAUUAUGCAGAGUUUAAUAAUACAGGGCCAGGUUCUAACACCAGUGGCAGAGUCACUUGGCCUGGUUUUCAUGUUAUUGAUGCUGCUAAUUUCACAGUUUCUAGCUUCUUACUUGGAGAUAAUUGGUUGCCACAAACUGGAGUGCCAUAUUUUAGUGGUCUGUUAUAAACAUGACCUCAAUAAGCUGUAAAACCUCAAAGUCUGUUCCAAACUUCCAAUUGAGGUUGAUGUGUAUAAAAUGAGGUGACAUAUUUUAUUUAGUUAACUUAUCCACGUAAUAAGACUUGAGAACACAGGAAAAGGUUCUUUCCAAAUCUAUGCCGAAAGUGUCUAAUAUGAACACUUUAUCAUGUGUUUGGCAGUUUGGGUGCUCAAUCGGAAUAUAUCAUAAUCCGAGUGUCUAAAUGAAAUUUACUCACAAGUUUAAAAAGCAGUCGAUGUAUUCCACCUUGUAAGAAUUUACCUUGAUCCCAGCUAGCUUGGUGUUGAGGUGUAGUUGAUUGAUACAAAUUGAAAUGAAUGAGUUACUUGACGAAAUUGCUUGAACCUGAGACCUCUAAUUAAUAAUGAAAGGAUACAUACCACCCCACUACAACUCCGAGUGCUGCAACUUUG